AUUACGCACAUCAUCAAGAACGGUACGACAUCAUCAAGUGAUGAAGAUUUGGAUCUACACAUACCGUUGCAUUCUCGAACAACAUCUCCUCAUCUUCUCAUGUUCCCAUAAACUUAGUUAUUGAGCUCCGCUCUUCCAUCACCGCUUCUGCACAGAAGACGCGCACGCCUUAAUAGUGUUAAGGUGUGAUAUAGGCUGUAACCUUCGGCCGAAUCAUCCUAAUAUGCACAUCACCUCCGCCCAGAGCCCACAGACGUCGACGUCUAACCCCCGGCUAUCCCACUCGCUAUCACCCGUCAUCCCGGUAUGGCAUCACGGCCUUUCACAUCGCUUCUUAGCAAACGUCCACCGCCGCCCAGCCCCGUCCACCUACGAGAUACUCCUCCCAGGCUGUCCAAGCAUGUUGGUGAUCCUCCACAGGGCAAAUACUCCGCGGGCAAAUACUCCAUUCGCACCCCCCGGCCAAGAGCCGUCCUCCACUCCCCUCCACCCCGCGGGCCUGCCCCUCUCUUGGAAUCGUAAACACCAGACGACGGUUAAGCUCAUCCCCCUACCCUAGCCCCGCAGACAACCCGCUCUUCGACCGAACGUCUCACGAUGUCUAACCCAAAGCGAUGGCGAAGCCGUACUACCGUCAGGCUAGCUCCAGUCUGGUUCAGGAGGCGUAGGUGAGGUGAGGUAUCCGUACUGGAUAACCCGAUCUUUGGCAGUUCGAGAGCGACCCUGGUCCCCGGGAAGGAGGAGCAAGCAUCCAUCUGGACUAACAUGGGCUUUUGGGAGGUCGAAGGCGGGAGGCAAGAGGCAAGAAAGAACGUUUAAAGAAGGCCUCGUUUCCCGUCUCUGGAACGGAUUUCUUGUUUCUCUCCAGCCUCAUCGCUCUGCAUUCUUUGGUGAUUCAUUUGCCAGUUUCUUUCUUUUCGCUUCCUUCUUUUCCAACAGCAUCCUGUCAUUCUCUUCUCGGUGCUAGUCGCCCAUCUCCCUUGAAGGGCCUUGCUUCAGUCCAUUCCUUCAUCACCAACGAUCCAAACGAAACCAAACACGAACCCCAUCCAACUUGCAAACACUUUAGCAAUCCGCUAGCUUCACGAUCUUUUCAGCAGACAACAUGUUGCUCAAGUCAGCCGCCCUCGUCUGCCUCCUGGCUGAGCUCGGUCUCGCGCGCCAUCACCAGCACCCCAAGCGCCAGGUCGCACCCUCCCCGAUCUUGUCGAGCAUCAGCAUCCCGCCCCCUCCCUCGACGGGAACUGGCGCUGCCGGCGCCGCUCCGGGCACGGGUGGUCCGACGGGCAUCUUCCUCAACACCUCGAUCCCCGUCGCUACUCCUCAGGUCACGACCCUCACCGAGGUAGCAACCGUCACCUCUACCCUCGAGAACAACGCCACCGUCACCGAGGUCAUCACCACCGAGCGCACCGUUACCGCUUCCGCCCCCGCCGUCAUCCAGCAGCCCCAGAUCAUCAUCAUCUCCCAGGUCACCUUCUUCCAGUUCAUCUCCGCCCUCGGCGGCGCCCCUCCCGCCGUUCAGCAGGGUGAGCAGGGCGGCUUCGUCGUCGGCGGCCAGCAGUUUGGCCAGUUCCAGUCCGCCUGCAGCGCCGCCUGUGGUAUGCAGUUCACCCAGUGCCAGAGCAUCGCCGGACAGAACUUUGCCAUCUCCCAAUGCCAGACCCAACUUGUCAACUGCCAGAACGCCGCAAAGACCGCCACCGUCACUGUCUCCGUGCCCGUGACCGUCACUCAGACCGUCAUCCUUCCCAGUGGCCCCGUCUCUGGAGGAAGCACCCUGCCCUCUGCCACGCUCGAGAACGGCGGCUCCGUCAUUGCCACCACCACUCUGCCCCCUGACUCUGGCGCCACCAUCGGUUCCGGAGGCGUCAGCUUCGUCACCGUUCCCGCUACCCCUGCUGCUCCCCCCUCCCAGACGCCCGCUGCUCCCGAGACUCAGGUCUUGACCACCACUCUCCCCGCCAACCCCGACUCGCCCUCCGGCUCCCCCAUCGUCUCCGUGAUCACCAUCACCCGCCAGCCCGGUUCUGAGCCCUCAGUCACCGGCGGUGCCUCCGAGCAAGCUGGCUCUGUCGAGACCUCCGCAGUCGUUUCCACCCUUCCUCCCCAGUCCGAGGGCGGCGCCCCUGUCGUUUCCACCAUCUACAUCACCAAGACUGCCGGUGUUCCUGUUGCUUCCGGCACGGCCGUGAGCUCCGUCGACGCAAUUGCCAGCGGCUCCGUCCAGACCUCUGCCGUCGUUUCUACCCUCCCUCCCAAGUCCGAGGGCGGCGCACCCAUCGUCUCGACCAUCUACAUCACCAGAACCGGCGGCGGCGAUGUCCCCGCUGCUUCCGGUACAGCUGUCAGCUCCGUCGAUGCCGUCGCCUCCUCCGCGGUCAUCACUACCCUCCCCGCCCAAUCUGAGGGAGGCCAGCCCAUCGUGUCGACAAUCUACGUCACUGCCCAGCCUCCCGCUCCCUCCAACGAGCCUGGUGCCUCCGGACAGGGCGGCGAGGUCGUCACUUCUGCCAUUGAGACCACUCUUCCUCCCCAGAGCGCCGGCGGCUCCGCCAUCAUCAGCACCGUCUACGUGACUGCCACCGUGUCCGGAGGUGUCCCCGUCGCCUCCGGCACGGCCGUUAGCUCCGUCGAUGCCGUCGCCAGCUCCUCCGCCGUCGUGACCACCCUGCCCGCUCAAUCCGAGGGAGGCCAGCCCAUCGUCUCAACCAUCUACGUCACCGCUCAACCCCCUCAGCCUACCGGCGGCAGCGGCAACGGCAACGAAGGCGGCGCGGCCUCAGAGCAGGGCGGCGAAGUCGUCACCUCAGCCGUCGAGACCACCCUCCCUCCCCAGAGCGCCGGCGGCUCAGCAAUCAUCAGCACAGUCUACGUGACCGCCACCCUCCCCGCGGCCUCGGCCUCCGCUUCCGCAUCCAUCUCCCGCCCAGCUGAGCCCCCCCGCCCCAACGAGCCCAAGACCUCCGUCAUCACAAUGACCCUCGCCCCUCCCUCCGGCUCCCCCGUCAUCUCCCUCGUCACGGUCACGAUCCAGCCCACCGCAGGCCCCUCGGGCUCCGGCUCACCCCCGGCCCAGACCGAGGUCGUCACCUCCGCCCUGACAUCCACCAUCCCCGCCGAGGGCACCACCCCGCCCCGCGUAACGACAGUCUACGUGGCCGCCCAACCCCCCGCCCCAACCUCCGCCCCCGCCCCUCCCCGCGUCGUCACAGUCACAGUCGGCUCCCUCACCGGCGUCGUCACAAUCAGCGACGCAGCUCAGAGCUCCGCCUCCGGCACCACCAUCGCCUCGGCUCUCCCCAGCGCCGGCGCGGGCGGUAACACGGGCGGCAACGGAGGCAGCGGCGGCAACGGCGGAAGCAACAACGGCGGCAGCGGUAACGGUGGAAGCGGCGGCAACGGAGGCAGCGUCGGCGGCGAGAGCGGCGGAAGCUGCCCCUCGGCCGCGCCCGUCACCGUCACCGUCAGCGCGUGCCCCACCGCCCCCGUCACCUCCGUCCUGACCCAGACCGUCUCGGUCGUGCCCACGUCCACCCCGGCCGCCGUCAAGCGCGCCGAGGAGGGCAAGCGCGACGCCGUCUACCACCCCCGCCGCCACGGCCAUGCCUUUGGCUUCUGGUAAACAGAACGCGGGUGGUGGUAAGUUUGAGCGAAGAGAAGAUCAUGAAGAGAUAGCUGUGGCGGUUGAACAGAAAGAUGAAGCCUGGCAGGAACGCUAGCCGCUUGUCGAGUAUGAUCAAUCCUAUCACACAUUUCUUCUUCUUCCUUCUUCUCACACUCUCAAAACGACAUCAUGGGAUAUCAAGUCAAACCAACAAAAAAAGAUGACAUUGAGAAAAAAAAAUCAACAAAAAAAAUGGGCAUGGCACAAAAAGGGUUCGUUCUGCACAUGAUACAGAUGAGAUCGAUUGCCUCUUGGCAGACAGCUGUGCUGGGUUCUGGCCGGAGCAAACGGAAACGCAAGGAUUGUUUGGACGAUUUUGGGUGAAAAGGGUUCAUGGGUUGGAGCAUCAUUCUUC